AGCGCGGGUGCGGAGGCGCGGGCGAGCGUGGGGAGCGUGUGAGGCGGCGGAGCAGCACACGGUGUCGCUGCAGGCUCAGAAACGGCGGCGGAGCGGCGAGGCGGCUCCGCCCCGGUGCGGCGGAGAGCCCGGCUGUGAGCGCGGGGGGGCGGCGCGGGGCGGGCAGGAGAGCCGGCGCGUCCGUGCGGCGGCGGGGAGCCGUGCGGGGCCCGGGCGGGUGGAGGCGGCGGCGGCGGCGAUGGGCGUGUGGUGGGGGCCCGCGGUGCGUGUGCUGGUGCUGCAGGCGGCCUGGGCGCUGGUCGGCGGGCAGGUGCGCUACUCGGUGCCGGAGGAAGCCAAGGCCGGGACGGUGGUGGGGCGCCUGGCGCAGGACCUGGGCCUGGAGGCGGUGGAUCCGGAGGCGCGGCGGCUGCGGCUGGUGGCGCAGGGCCGGCGGGCGAGCGUGGAGGUGAGCGGGGCGAGCGGGGCGCUGGUGGUGAGCUCGCGGCUGGACCGGGAGGAGCUGUGCGGGAAGAGCGCGCCGUGCGCCCUGCGCCUGGAGGUGCUGGUGGAGCGGCCGCUGCGCGUCUUCCACGUGGAGCUGGAGGUGACCGACAUCAACGACAACGCCCCGCUCUUCCCCGCCGCCCGGAAAAACCUCAGCAUCGCGGAAUCGUCGCUGCCGGGGUCUCGGUUCCCGCUGGAGGGCGCGUCGGAUGCAGAUAUCGGAGCCAACGCGCAGCUCUCCUACACACUCAGCCCCAGCGAGCAUUUCAGAGUAGAGGAAGAAAACAUUAACUCGCGUAGUAAAUCGCUGUUUCUGGUGCUCGCGAAACCGCUGGACCGGGAGGCGGUGGCUGUGCACCGGUUGGUGGUGACGGCGAGUGACGGGGGCCGGCCGCCGCUGACGGGCACGAUGGAGGUGGUGAUCUCUGUGCUGGACGCGAACGACAACGCGCCCCAGUUCAACCAGUCGGUGUACAACAUGCUUUUGCCCGAAGACGCCUUACGAGGGACACUGGUGGCUCGGGUGAUUGCCACGGAUCCGGACGAGGGAAUAAAUGGAGAAGUGAUUUAUGAAAUUGAUACGUUAAAUCCUCCCUCAUCCUCAGAUAUAUUCAGCAUCGAUGCGAAGAGCGGGGAGAUCCGACUCACGGGCGCCCUGGACUUUGAGACAGUUUCUUUGUACGACCUACACAUUAAAGCGACAGAUAAGGGGACGCCCCCGCUGUCGGGUCACUGCAAGGUGGUGUUGGAGGUGGUGGACGUGAACGACAACGCGCCGGAGGUGUGGGUGACGUCGCUGUCGGUGCCGGUGCCGGAGGACGCGGCGGUGGGGACGGUGGUGGCGCUGCUGAGCGUGUCGGACCGGGACUCGGGGGCGAACGGUCGGGUGCGCUGCGCGGCGUGGCCGCCGUCGCCGUUCGGGCUGGUGUCGACGUUCGCGGGCUCGUACUCGCUGGUGCUGCGGGAGUCGCUGGACCGGGAGCGGGUGGCGGAGUACGAGGUGGAGGUGCGGGCGGAGGACGGCGGGGCGCCGCCGCUGCGCGCCAGCCGCGCGGUGCGGGUGCCGGUGUCGGACGUGAACGACAACGCGCCGGCGUUCGCGCAGGCCGUGUACACGGUGCUGGCGCGGGAGAACAACGCGGCGGGCGCGGAGCUGGCGCGGCUGUGGGCGCGGGACCCGGACGAGGCGGGCAACGGGCGCGUGAGCUACUCGGUGGCGGAGGGCGGCGGCGGGGGCGCGGCGGCGGUGGUCGGGGGGUGGCGCCCGGCGUCGAGCUACGUGUCGGUGGACGCGGAGAGCGGGCGGCUGUGGGCGCUGCAGCCGUUGGACUACGAGGAGGUGCAGGUGCUGCAGUUCGAGGUGCGGGCGGUGGACGCGGGGGAGCCGCCGCUGUGCGGCAACGCCACGGUGCAGGUCUUCGUGGUGGACGAGAACGACAACGCGCCGGCGCUGCUGCCGGCGGCGGGCGGCGGGCCGUGGGCCGGUGCGUCGGGCGAGGCGGCGGCGUCGGGGCCGGGCUCGGGGGCGUUGUGGGCGUGGGCGGCGUGGGGGGCGCCGGCGGGGCAGGUGGUGGCGAAGAUCCGCGCGGUGGACGCGGACUCGGGCUACAACGCGUGGCUGCGCUACGAGCUGUGGGAGCCGCGGGAGAAGGGCCCGUUCCGCGUGGGGCUGUACAGCGGCGAGGUGAGCACGGCGCGGGCGCUGGAGGAGGCGGACGGCCCGCGGCAGAGGCUGGUGAUCGUGGUGCGGGACCACGGGGAGCCGGCGCGCUCGGCCACGGCCACGCUGAGCGUGUCGCUGGUGGAGGGCGCCGAGGCGGCGCUGGCGGCCGCGGGCUCGUCCUCGUCCUCCUCGUCGUCCCCGUCCUCGGCGGGGGCGGGGCUGCGGCCGGCGGCGGGCGCGGAGGGCGGCGCGGCGGCGGCGGCGGCGGCGGCGGCGGCGACGACGAACGUGUGGCUGGUGGUGGCCAUCUGCGCGGUGUCGAGCCUGUUCCUGCUGGCGGUGGUGCUGUACGGGGCGUCGCGGUGGGCGCCGCGGGCGGCCGUGCUGUCGGGGCCCGGGCCGGCGACGCUGGUGUGCGCCAGCGAAGUGGGGAGCUGGUCGUACUCGCAGCGCCAGAGCCGGAGCCUGUGCGUGGCGGACGGCGCGGGCAAGAGCGACCUGAUGGUUUUCAGCCCCAACUUCCCGCCGCUGCCCGGUCCCGCGGCGAAGGAGACGCAGCCGGAGCCGCCCGCUCUCCUGGACACGGUCAGUGGCCCUCCCUUUCUCGCCUCUCGCCCCUUCCCCCUUUUUGCUAGUCUCGCCCGAGUCGCCCUUCUCGCCCGCCGCCUGGGCAGGCGGUGGUGGGAGCCGGGCUCAGCCCCGGGGCCUGCGGGCGGUGGGUGCUGGUCGGGUGCUUAGGGCUGUUAACGGGACCUUUGCACCUGCCUUCACGUCCUUGGCGGGGCCCCUCUGCUAUUGCUUUGCGGGGAAAAGGAAAGGCAUUUCCCCGCCCAGCAGCAGUUACCUGUUUACUGUUCUGGGUGGGAGUUGUUCUCCCGUGGAAUGCAGUCACUGCCGAAGUGAUGAGAGGGGCUAGGACAUGGGCUUUGCAGAUGCUCUUGCUUGCUGCUGUGUAGCAUUUCCACCCGAGCUUGCUGAAGGGGUGCAAAACAGGCAGGCUGUGGUGGUGACAGUCCCCCAGGCACUAUUUGCUGCUUCAACACCGUUGCUGACUGCAGAUCACGCUGGUAUCAGUAUUUUCAAAAACAAACAAAAAAUCAGCUCCAAAUUUUCCUACAGAUUAGUUA